AUGCAAUCAACCUUUAACACACGGUUUGCAAGAAUCGGCCCCAAAAACGGCGUCCGGCGCCCACCCACGCCGGCACCACGGCUGCGCGCCGCCGAGGGCGCCGCCGAGGUGGUCUCCGGGACGCUGUCGUCCAUCUGCAUGAUCUUCGCGACGUGCGUGGAGCCGGACUACCUGCAGCCCUGGAGCCAGUACGCCGAGGAGGACGUCACGGGCAGCGGCUUCGUCGUCACGGACGCGGCGGGCGGUCCGCGGAUCCUCACGAACGAGCACGUCGUGCGCCACGCGCGCGACGUGCGCGUGCGCCCCCACGGCAGCGCGCGCAAGUUCAAGUGCUCCGUGGCCUACGCGUCGCCGGAGCGGGACCUGGCGCUGCUCCAGGUCGACGACGACGCGUUCUGGGAGACGACGCUCGCGGCGCCGCUGCCCUUCGCGUCCGACCUCCCCCGCCUCUUCAGCGACGUCACGGUCGUCGGCUACCCCAUGGGCGGCGACAACGUCUGCGUGACGCGGGGCGUCGUGAGCCGCCUGGACGCGAUGGCCUAC